AUGAUCCGCGAAGUGUGGCGCAUCGAGUUGGGCGUUGGCGUAGGACCCUUCCGUCUUGGUGCCAGCAUUGCUGAGGCAUUACAUGCGCUUAAGACUCGUCUACCUGUACAUCCUUUUGAGAUCUCGUACAAUGCUGUGGAUCCCUAUAAGCGCGACGUUGUCGUGGAUUCCGCCGAGGAUGGAUUUAGACUGCACUUUGAUUCUAUACGACAGACGCUCAAGUCAAUCGAGUUUUACAAUGUGAACCGCGUUGCGCUAAAAUUCGGUCGUGUUGUGAUCUUUGGCGGUGACAUUGCUGCCACUUUCAUGUCUGUGUAUAAUCUGUUUGGACCGACGUUCCCAGGCCACUACGAUGCUGCUGAGCAGAGCUAUAUAUUGGGCUACCAAGGUGGUUGCGUCAAGUUUCCAAUUCCAGCUGAGUACCGUAAUUUGUACGAGAACGGUACGGACUUGCCUCUGGAAUUUCCGAACGGUGCCACUCCAGCUGCUACUGGGCUCACGGUCUUUAUGGGUGGAGAUUAUUGGUCUCCUGGACUUCCAGCUCCAACGAAAAAAUACUACUUUGAAGAAAUUGAAGUCGAUGUUGGUAAAAAGCACACAUCGCUUGUUUUUACUGGCCGCAAACAGCGCAUUCAGCUUGGGUGGUCGCCUCAGGAGGUGAUAAGCGAGAUAGGUGUACCAGUCUCUGUGUUUCGAAGGGCGGAAGACCCCAACGAUGGGGCCACCGUUGCUGGAGGUCUCGUCAGCGACUAUUUUCACAACUACCCUCACCUAGGGCUGGACGUAUUAUACGAUUCAAUGCAUCGUGCCUCAAAGGUGAUUCUGAAGACCAACGCACUCGGACAUCCGGAUUUCGGCGCCUACAACAAGUGCAAUUUUCAGCUCAAUUUCCAAUCCGCAGAGAUGCCAACGAAAAUCAGCUCAAAAAUCACGCCUGAAACUCCGUGGAAGGAUAUUCGCUUGGUAUUUGGAAGAGUGUCAGACUUGCGGCCCAUCGUCCACGAUAACGGUUUGGGCCUUCACCCGUUUGGUUCAAGCUUGUGUUACUCGCCAACACCAGGGUGCAUCUUUGAAGUGAUGAAGAACGGUUUCAUUGCGAGUGUUACACUCACAUCCUCGAGCUAA